UGAUGGCUUCGUCGUGGUCCAUGGAGGCGGUGAUGCUGCCGGCGAGCAUGGUCCUGGUGCAGGCCUUCACCAUGGGCGCCCUCCUCCUCUCCAAGCUCGCGCUCAACAUUGGCAUGGAGCCCUUCGUCCUCCUCGCCUACCGCAACCUCAUCGGCGCCAUCAUCGUCGCCCCCUUCGCCUUCUACUUGGACAGGUCGAUGGUGAGUAAGGUGAGCCUCAAGGUGUUGGGCUGGCUGUCCAUCAGCGCGCUGUUCGGGAUCGUCCUGGCCAUGGGGCUCCACUACUACGGCCUCCGCGCCACGACCCCCGCCUACUCCGUCAACUUCCUCAACCUCAUCCCCGUCGUCACCUUCCUCAUCGCCGUGCUGCUCCGCCUCGAGAAGCUGGCGGCGCGGACGUGGGCGGGGCGGAUGAAGAUGCUGGGCACGGCCAUCUGCGUCGCCGGCACCAUGGUGACGAGCCUCUACAGGGGCCGGCUGCUGCAUCCGUGGCCGACGCACCUGCUCAAGCACCACGCCGCCACCGCCGUCCCGGCGCACCGCAACAUGGCCCUGGGCACCGUCUACCUCUGCGGCAGCUGCCUGGCCUACGCGCUCUGGUUCAUCGUCCAGGUCCGGGUGGCCAGGGAGUUCCCCUGCAAGUACCUCUCCACCAUGCUCGCCUGCGUCUCCGGCACCGCGCAGGCGCUGCUCAUCGGCGCCGCUGCCAGCCGCGGCAGGGCGGCGUCGUGGCGCCUGGGCUGGGACCUGCAGCUCGCCGCCGUCGUCUACUCGGGGGUGUUCAACACGGGCGCCACCUUCUGCCUCAUCUCUUGGGCCAUCUCGCGGCGAGGGCCCAUCUACCCCUCCAUGUUCAACUCGCUGUCCCUCGUGGCCACCACCGUGCUCGACUCGCUGCUGCUCGGCACCGACGUCUCCGUCGGCAGCCUGCUGGGGGCCCUGCUCAUCGUCGUCGGCCUCUACGCCUUCCUCUGGGGAAAGGGCAGGGAGAUGCGCCAGCAGAACAAGCAGAAACCGCCGGCGGCAGCCGUGGAGGUCAUCAGCAGUAGUGCUGCUGCUGCUGCUGCUGCUGCUAAUAACAACGGCGACGAACGCGUCUAGCUGCUUAGCUAGUCGAUCGAUCGCUCGAUCCAUCAGGGGUCGAUCGGAGUCAGUCAACUAGCUAACAUCAUGUAUCCAUCGAUGAUCUAUUCAUCAUCCAUGAUCAGGAGCUAGCUGAAACGAAACGCAAAUAAAGAACAGACAGCAGGCAGAGCACUACUACAGAAACCUCAAUUUAUCUCGGUUGGAAACCUCAUAUAAUACUAGUUUUCCAACCGGAAUUGCUAUUGUGGGACAAAGGAUCUCGAUCCUUAGUUCCGGUUGUACCAACCGGAACCAAUAGAAAUUUUUAAUCACGGUUGAUAUUACCAACCGGAACCAAACAUUAUUAAUCAAUAAAUAUAAUGUAAUGUCCCUAGCUGUCCUAGUGGAUGAUGGAUCGUUAAUUUGAUCGUUCGCCAUUCAGUCGUCUGUGCACUAUACUCUUUUAUUAAUGUACCUUGGUACUCCUUUUUGUUGCUUUUGCGUCUCCCCUCUCUUUCCCUUUCCUUUUGAAACUAGCUAAAGUUUGGACUCUAUAAUGGCCACUAGUGGAGGUGCACGUGCCACAAGCACGUGUUUAAAGAACCAUUAUAUUUAAAAAUAGCACGUGCUUAAAGAGUUAACUAUAUUUAAAAAUAACAUGAGACUCAAAAUUGAUAUAACAAAGCAAAGUUGAAUUACAUUGAAUAAUUACUAAAAAAACAACUAAAUUAUUUUUAUAUUAAAAAUAUAGCAAUCCACUCCAUUCUAAAUCUAAAUAAUCCCCCUUAUGAAGUAGGUAAGAAAAGGAAAAAAAAUUAAAAAAGUUUCCUAGGUAAGAAAGAUAACCUUAGUCCCUACUCAAACAUUAUUUGAAAAACCAAAGGAUCAAGAUUAUGUUACAAGCCAGGUUUACUAAAAAUGACAGAAUUUGAGCUAAACAAUUACAUACAUG